AUGUUAUUGAUGCGCCUGACAUCUCAGCUCGUCAGGGCUGCUCGUCAGGCAGGCCGUGGUCUGCCCUGGCCUGUCUCAGGGGUGCCAAGCACCCAUGCCUGCAGACCCUGUUAUAGCACACAGCCGGUGGGCCCAAGGAGAGCUGUCUCCCUUCCUGGCAGGGGCACACAGCUGGAGGAGUUGCUGGUCCCCCGGAAGAUGUCCCUCAGCCCCCUGGAGAGCUGGCUCACUGCUCGAUGCCUCCUGCCCAGCCCAGAUUCUGGGACCCCAGGGACUGUGGCUCCUACCCAGCUCUAUGAGUGCCCACCUAGCCAUGUGGGAGAGGGGGCAGAACAGGGGGGUGAGGGGGUUUUGGAUACACUCCAGAUACAGUGUAAAAAUGUGCUAAAGAUCCGCCGGCGGAAGAUGAACCAUCACAAAUACCGCAAGCUGGUCAAGAGGACUCGGUUCCUGCGACGGAAGAUCCGAGAAGGGCGCCUGAAACGGAAGCAGAUGAGAUUUGAGAGAGAUCUGCAGCGCAUCUGGUUCAAGGCGGGCCUGAAGAAAGCCCCAGAGGGCUGGCAGACCCCUAAGAUCUACCUGAAGGGCAAAUGA